AUGACACCACUGAAGAUACCCCACAUGAACUGGGCUGAUAAACUGAAGAAGAUGUCGAAGAGGGUCAGUUUCGUUCAGUCUGCAGCAGAAUCACCCGUCUCCAAUUUACCUCACAGAAAAAGCGCACUGAAAUUACAGAAAAAGAGUCAUUCCUUCGAGCAAAACUUUGCUCAAACACAUUCAUCAUUCCCGAACCUUCACUGUGAACUGUCCGAAGCGAACAAGACUAUCAUGGAAGAUGAAGCAAUACAUUCAUCAACUCAAGAGGCUGCUGCCCAGGAUCACCCCGGAGCACCUCUCGCAACACCUGAACGUAUUUUUGGAUUUAACGGUGAUGAGGAUGUAAGCAGACGUCGAAGUCGAUUGUCCAAACAAAGACGACAUACCGACGAAACUGUACUCAAUAUUGAACGUGACGAUUUGUUGUUGUGA